AGAAGUUGAAAUUGGCGAAAAGUGGUGAAGAAGAACGAUGGGCUUUGAUAUGUUCUUCAACACCGACAGCUAUUGGGCUCGUGAUGGAUCUUAUCUUGGAUGGGAUCCCCAUGAAGAAGGCGGUCCAUUAUGGUAUUGCCACAGGUGCAUUAACUCUUUUUGUUAAGGAGGAUGUUAAACAAAAUCAAGGUGUUCUAGCAGUUUGUGCUGAAAAGGAUUGUCCUUGGAGGAUAUAUGCGUCUAUCAACAGCAGCUCCCCUAGAGUGGUUGUUAGAUCGCUUCAAGAAGAGCAAAAUUGCACUUGGUGUGGGAAGGUGACUCUGCUUACGAAUGCAAGAAUAGCUGAGUUGUACAUUGAAGAAUUCAGAGAGAGUCCAAACAUUUCACUAGUACAACUACAGAACAAGCUCCUCAAGCGUAACAUCAAUGUAGCUUGGAUGAUUUGUGAGAGGACAAGACUGAGAUGGUUGCUGACUUUUGACAGAGAGCAAGCACCG